AUGGAAUCCACCGCAUUGGAUGCGCAUGGCGCAUCUAGUCGUGCCACCAUCGAUCCGAAGGCCACAAGCAGGACACGCGGAAUUUUGGAAUCACGCCAUCAGGAAGGACUUGUGCCGACAAUCUCCAGUGCCGGAGGAGCAAAAUUUCGGGUUCUUGUGGCAGGAAGGCUGCAGGCAGGCAAGACAACUCUCGUCAACACGCUAUGCGGCACUGUUCUUGAGCCCGGAAAAGAGGACAUCGAGACGGGGAUACCGCAUCCCAGUCUCUUGUUGCAUGAUUCUGCGGGAUUCGAGGGAGCAGGAGGCUCACGAAUGCGACUAGUCAAAACAUUUCUCGCCAAACGUGGACUCGCGCGAACAUUUCCGGAGCGUGUUCAUGCUAUCUGGUAUUGCAUUUGUACCGAUACGGGAAUGCAAUUAUCCCCAGGCGAUUUACAUUUUUUUGACAACGAUAUUGCUCAAAAAGUACCAGUAAUCGCUGUGUUUACGCGAUACCGCGGACUCGUGACUAGGGCGUUUGCAGACCUCCGAAUCACGCUCAAACGAGUUGAAGCCAAAGAAAAACGUUUCGAAAAGGCUCGAGAGUUGCUUCAGCUGCAAUAUAUCGAUCCAUUGAAAGCGCUCCGGUACCCUCCCACAGCCUUUAUUCAAGUGGAUGACCUACUGGACGAGACCACUAACCUGGAGCAUCUCGUUCACAGGACUCUCGAGCUUAUGACAGAAGACAGGUUAAGACCGACGGUUUCGUCCGUUCGACAGAUCAACCUGGAUUAUUGUAUGGAAUCUGCCGUCAGCGAGUAUGAUCUUUCGACGCUAAAGAAGGCUCAGAUAUCACGUUUUGUGUUGUGCGACAUUAUCCGCACAUCUGGAAAGUUGGUCUAUGAUUUAGGUCUUGUGACUGAUUCUGAGAUGGCGACCAGAACGAAACUUACCUCGCGCCAGGCGCCUGUUGAAUCGGCUCCAGCGAUUACUGACCUGAACGAUGAGCAUCUGGCGCCAGCAAUCGCUGCAUGUCAGUCAGGCUUAUCCCGGAAAUUUGCUAUCACUUCUGCACACACAAAACGGGCGGAAGUCAUAGCUACGUUGUGUAUCUGCAUCGAACAGACCUCAUCGGAAGGAUCUGCCUCUAUGGAUGACUUCCCGGGCGCAUUCAGCCAGGCGGUGGACGCGUAUUUCGCCCCAAAUUCCGUUGUACGCGCCUCUGUCAACAAGGAGAUUGCGAAACUGUCCCCGUAUGACUAUCGAGAGACGCAGGACCCGACGUCAGACUGUCCGUCUCAGCGCCCGGCGACUGCAAAGCUGAUACAGAUAAUAAAAGCACAUCGCCUGCGCCUGACAAUCGCGGCAGAGGAACCCCAAGUGUAG